AUGAGUGGUUCUUCCUCUGAAAGCCAGAAAUCGACUCCCACACCCCCAAAUGGUGUCGAGGGCAAGAUUGCUAUCCCCCGCCUGCCAAAUGAGCUACCUGAAAUAAAUCCAUUUCGGACAAUUUCCGCGUGCUCAUCUUGCCGCGAGAAGAAGGCUAAAUGUGACGGUGGACGCCCUAGAUGUCAGAACUGUACCCGACUAGAUAGGGCCUGCACUUACACCGGAUCAAAGCGGGACAAUCAGAAGCUUCAGCUUGUCUCUCUGCAACGCAAAGUCGAGGUUUAUGAAGAAUUGCUGGGCGAGAUUAUUUCUCAGGCCAAGAUCAAUCAAAACGUCUCUGUCAAGAAUAUCAUCAAAAAACACUGUACGGCAUCUCCGGAGCUAUUCUCCGAUAUACUACUUUCGGAGUCAUUGACCAGGCACCAUGUUCAAGUGCCAAAUUCGAGAGUCUCGCUGGGCCAGAUGUACAUCGAGUCGAUGUCCGACGAUGCAAAGUUAAAACGGCCAAUCACCAAAGAUCCUCCAGUCCAAGUGAAAUCAAUCCAACAUUGGACUUCGAUUGUGGAGAAUGACACCGCCAGCCACCUCUUGUCGUUCUAUUUUACCUGGGAGAAUCCAACCUGGAAUCUGAUCGAUCUAGAAACAUUUGUCCAAGAUUUGGAGACCCAUCAUCCGGGGAGAUAUUGUUCUCGCUUACUAGUCCAUGUGCUGCUAUUCUUCGGCUGUAGUUUUUCAUACAGAUUGAACCGGAUUACUGACCGCCGAGAGGAGAAAGGCAUAGGCCAGAAACUCUACGACCAGAUACAACUUCUCUGGGAAAGUGACAAGGGGACUCCGGACCUUCCUACAAUUCAAUCCGGAAUUCUACUCGGAUUGCUUUCCUGUACAUUCGGAAUUGAUCGGCUGGGCACGCAGUUUAUCAUGAAUGGAGCGAAGUUAUAUCUCCAAUCAAGUUUUGAUACGGUUGAACGCUGUAGUAGUGAGCAUAGCGAGAAGAAAAGUGAACUCUCCUCAGCUGAACUGUCCCAAGAAAUGGUCUCGUGGGCCAUAUUUGAUGUUCAAGCACUCGCUUCGCAGGUUUAUAGAAAAGUGUCCCACUGGUCGGUGCCUCCUCCCCAACGAUGCUCUGCAGAACAAGCAGCAAAGCUGGAUGAGAAUAUGGAAUGGAAGCCCUAUCCUUUCGACUAUCCAGUCACUCGUCCGAACUACUAUACCACUUUACGGUAUAGAAGUGCACUGGCAGCCCUUGUGAAUGAGAUUGCGACAUUCUCACUCCGACUCACCGGAAAUAUGACCAAGGAUGACCAGAAAUAUUGCUACAAGUUAUAUGAAAGGAUUGUCACCUGGAGAGCAAGUCUGCCGCCGACUAUCUUGCCUGAAAAUAAUACCACUCCGCAUAUUCUCUGCUUACACUUUUAUCACCAAGCAACUCUGAUAUCACUGAGUACCCUGUUCACUACAAAAGCAAACCCAACCACAGACCCCAACAACCAUCAAAUCGACUUUGACCACGUCAAAUCCGAAGCGAUGGAAACAAUCGGCUCUCUCAUUCUAGUGUUCAAACACCGCCACGGCUGGAAAUCCAUCCCAAUCGUAAUGCUACACUACUUCUGCUUAGGCGGCGUGCACGCGACCACCCAAUUAGACGCGCACAACCCCAAAUGGGCCCUCGUCCUUGAAAGCUGCGUCGUCGGCCUCUGGCACAUGAGUCUUGGCUGGGGUCGAUUAUGCAAAGCCUUUCUUCGGACCAUUGAAUUGGUCCUGAAAUCCAGUGACCCAGAUCCAUCCCUUGUUCCUAUCAAGGUGACUGCUAUUUUCGAAUAUUUGAAUAGCGAGAUGUGGUCCGCGACCGAUUUGGCUUCUCUUUCGGCAGAUUAUGUUGUUCAACGCGUUCCUAGCAAGGCCAAUGCUCAGACUGCUGGGACGGUUAGCCAUCAGACUUUGGAGGAUUUGAUACGGGCUAUGGAGAAUCUAUAA